ACCAUCGUCGACUAGGCAGAGUUCGGGCAAACGUUCCCCUCUCUAGUAUCUUUGACGUUAGUUAACCAUUGGUCAAAUAGGCUAGUCCUUGCGCGAACUUGGCCUAUUUACGUGCCUGGUUUUUAUUUCAGCAUUAAAAACCGCGAUAUGCGAUGGAUGCUUAACGUUAUACUUUUCCGUGAAACGCAGAACUUCAAGUUGUCAGAUUAACGUAUGAGAACUGAGCUACAUCAACAGGACCACUAUGGCUAGGACGUACUACACACUGCCCUGGGUUCGCUACACCAACUUCGCCCGACUGUUGGUGUUUCUGGAUGGAUGCGCGUCGGCAGCUCUGUGGCUCACCGGUGGUCAUGAUCCGUAUCUUGAAUCAAGUGUCCUGAAGUGGACUAUUACUGGAUCAGUUUUUGAGCUCGCUUGCAUCGGCAUCAUCAAGAUGCUCCUGCUUUUCCACGCCUUCGCGAAACUAGAAGACUUUGCGUUGGCGAUGCUGGAAGACCCGUAUGUUCCGAGGAUCGUGGCCACAAAACGCAACCUGCACGCGUUCACCAUCGCGCUGUCGCUCGCCAGUUUGGUGUACGCGUCGAUCAAAGGAGGCCUGGUGCUCAACGCCAUUCUCAACCACCCCGAGUACGCACCCAUGCACAUUACCUACAAUGUGUCAGUGAUCAGCGCGGUGGCCUUCUCGUUGGUGGAAUUUGUGACGGCCAUUUUGGGACCAUUGUUCCUGCGCCGGUUACAGAUCAUCCGCAUCAAGCACGAGCUCACCGACGAAGACGAGACGAAAGAGAAGGAGGAAAAGAAAAAGGCAAACCUCGGCCGACUUUUCAGUUUGGCCAAACCGGAAUGGCUCUUGCUUCUGGUUGGCAUGCUCGGUCUGAUUGUCGCCAGUGCAUCGUCUAUGGCUGCUCCAUUAUUCUUUGGAUUUGUUGUCGAUGCUGCUACUCAUAAAUCGAUGUCUGCCGUGAACAGUACCGUACUCGUCCUCUUCCUCAUAUUCGCCGGCGGGUCCAUCGCUUCACUGCUUCGCUCCUGGGCCUUCACUCUUGCCGGUUAUCGCGUUGUGUGUCGCAUCCGUCGCGAUCUGUUCGCGGCAAUCAUCCGCCAGGAGGUGGCGUUCUUUGACAUCAACCGGACCGGCGAGCUGACCAAUCGCUUGUCCUCGGACACUGCGGUUCUGCAAAACGCCGUCACGGUGAAUAUCUCGAUGUUGGUGCGCUACUUGUUCCAAAUCCUCGGGUCCAUCAUCAUCAUGUUCACUCAGAGCGCAGCCUUAACUGGUGUUCUGCUUUCAGUGGUUCCCAUUGUGGCCAUCGGGGCUGUCCAAUACGGAAAUUUCGUGAAGGACAUCCGUAAGAAUUUCCAGGACGCCCUCGGCAGUGCGGGCACGGUCGCAGAGGAGUCCAUCUCCAGCAUACGCACCGUGCGCUCGUUCCGCGGCGAGCCAAAGUCGCAGGCGUCCUACGACAAGGAGGUGGCGCUCAGUUACAAGUACGGCAAAUCGUUGGCCGUGUUGACCGGCGUCUUCAAUGGGCUUAUAGGCAUUAUAUCCCAGGGAGCGAUAGCCCUAGUACUAUGGUACGGUGGCAAGCUUGUGCAUCUGAACGUGACAACCGGAGGCACGCAAGGUAUCAGCGUGGGCAUUCUGACAGCCUUCAUGCUGUACACGCUGAACGUAGCCAUGGCGUUUGCCUUUCUGGCCUCGCUCUAUGGGGAUUUCAUGCAGGCGGUGGGCGCGUCCAUCCGCAUCUUUGCUCUGAUGGACCGCCAGCCGGAAGUCAGCAACGAGGGCGGGCAGCACCUGAUGGAGUUCAACGGGGAACUGGAGUUCGAAGACGUCCAUUUCAAGUAUCCCUCCCGACCGGAAAAUGAAGUACUCAAGGGGGUGUCUUUCGACAUGAAGCCAGGCCAAGUCAUGGCUUUGGUCGGUCCCUCCGGAGGCGGCAAAUCUACGAUAGUCAAUCUCAUCGAGAGAUUUUAUGAACCUACCUCCGGCUCCGUCAAGCUUGAUGGAGUCAGUCUAUCCGAGCUGGAUCCGAUGUUUUUCCGGCGAAAGAUUUCCAUGGUCAGUCAGGAGCCGUCCUUGUUUGCCUGUUCCAUCAAGGACAAUAUUGCUUAUGGGAAGGAUGCAACAGAUGAGGAGAUAGAGCAAGCGGCUAGAAUGGCCAACGCCCAUGACUUCAUUACGUCAUUUGAGGAGGGUUACAAGACCCUGGUAGGGGAAAGAGGAGUUCGUCUGUCGGGAGGCCAGAAACAACGAGUUGCUAUCGCGAGAGCCCUCAUCAUGGAUCCUAAGAUAUUACUCUUGGAUGAGGCUACCAGCGCCUUAGAUGCAGAGAGCGAGCAUCUAGUACAAGAAGCUAUCGAUAGAGCCAUGGUGGGACGGACGGUGCUUAUCAUCGCUCACCGACUAUCCACAGUCAGGAAUGCGUCACAGGUUCUAGUCAUCAACCACGGCAGGAUAGCUGAGAAAGGAACUCACGACGAACUAGUUGGUAAGGGCGGUAUCUACAAGAAACUGGUACUUCGUCAGUUGAGCGCAGCGGGCGGGGCCAUCAACACCAUCCCCGAGGAUCUGAUCCUUGAUGACGAAACCGAUGAGGUCAUCGAGCUGGCGAACGGCUUGGACUGAGAACUGUUGGCCUGGCAACCUGAGACAACCUGAGCUACUUAAGUAUUUUCUUCUGUCAGUGUUGUAGUCCAUUCAAUGUAGUCCUCACAAGUCCAUCAAGUUAGUCACAAGUCAAUCACAAGUCCUCAUAAUUUCAUCACAGGUCUUCACAAGUCCCUCUCAAGUCUGUCACAAAUCCUCACAAGUUCAAUACAAGUCCUCACCAGUCCAUCAAAAGUCAGUCACAAGUCAUCUGUUAGUGUUGUAGUCAAGUCCAACACAUGUCCUCACAAAUCCAAUACGAGUCUAUCAAAAGUCUAUCGUAAGUCCAACACAAUUCCUCACAAGUUUAUCUCAAGUCAGUCACAAGUCAUAUUUUGAUGUUGUAGUCAAGUCCAACACAAGUCCUCACAAGUCCAUCACAAGUCAGUCCCAAGUCCUCACAAAGUCCAUCACAAGUCCGUCACAAAUCCUCACAAGUCCUUCACAAAUCAUCGUUUAGUGUUGUAGUCAUAUCCAACACGAGUCCUCAAAAGCCCAUCACAAGAUAGUCCCAAUCCAACGCAAGUCCAACAAAAGUCCUCACAAGACUAUCAAAAGUCGGUCACAUGUCAUCUAUUAGUAUUGUAUUCAAGUCCGACAAGUCCUCACAAGUUCAUCACAAGACAGUCACAAUCAAACACAAGUCCUCACAAGUCUAUCACAAGUCCUCAAAAUUCCAACACAAUUCUUCACAAAUCCAACACAAGGCCUCACAAGUCCUCAGAAGUCCAUCUCACAUCAGUCACAAUCCAGCACAGUUCCUCACAAGUCCUCACAAGCCAACACAAGUGAAUCUCAGGUUGUUCAGCUCCAAGUCAAGUCUCCAGCUUCUCAAAUGAAAUUUGACAAAAGGUAUUCCUUAUUGAACUUGUGAAUUGGCAUGAGAUUUAUCGUUCAUUUUAUUAUGCAUUGUACUAUUUCAAUACGUGUAUUUUUACUUUUGAUGGGGUUUCAAGGCAAAAUUGGUGUUUUUAUGUUAAAUGUAUUACCAUAUUCAUAAGCAAGUCAGUGAUGUCAUCUUUGGCAGAAGCCAUGGCCGUACGCUGCUCGAGCAAAGUUGCUAGAAUUUUGUUCAAUUUUUGUCAAUCUUUUUAGUGUUUCCUUUUGUCAAUUCAGAUCAUAAUGAUGGCCAGUGAUUUUGUAAAUUCAAUAGCAAAAUGUUAAAAAAAAGCAACAUCAUUGCCAACGAAAAGCCUAAACGGAUAUAAAAGGAUGUGUCAAAUAUGGCAUCACAGCCCUCGGGUGUCAGAAAGUAGCAUAGAUAUUUGUAAAUUUUUGAAAGAAAGUGAAUUUAGUUAUUAAAUAUUCAAUCAAUGGUAGCAAUGUGCCUGCGAGCUUUCUCUCUGUAUAUUACAAAUUUGUUGAUUAUUAGAAUUUUGUUUUAGUUGUUUUAUACUUUUAUUCUUUUUUUAUUGUAAGGGUUGAAUUGUGCGUAUAAAAAAAAAUCGCCGAGGGGAUAAUUAUGUCAGAAAAGGGGUGUGGCUUAAGGUUUAAAUACGGGGAGGUCAGUCAAACUAUGAAGUGGCCCUCUCAUGCUAUUUUUGAGUUUCACCCUUAAAAAAUAUAUUUUGUUUUUUUAAUUGCCAUUUUUCUAGCGAUACAAAUGUUAUUCAUGUUUGAACGAGACAUCAGAGAAAACAAUGACUACACAAAUUUUUAAUUGUUUCAGGCCUACUUUUUAUAUGUUAUAGGCACAAAAGCAACCCAAAAUAAAAGCGUUGAAAACAUCCAAAACAGACAAAAAGGAGCCUUUUCCGUUUAUAAAUAAAACAUACACGUUGGAAAAUUUGUUUGGAGAGAAAAAUAAAAUUGAAUAUAUGUUUUUUGAAGACCACUGGUAGUGAAACUUCACACACUUAAAAGAAAACGGUGUUGGAUAGAAUUUGCAUCCCAAUAAGUGUGGCCCAACUAUAGUUGGUCUAAGAUAAUGUUGAAGAUAUUUAAAAAGAGACCAGUGACCGAGUAUUUUUUUUUUUUGGCCUUACAUUGAUUACGUUGUGAAGAUUUUAUUGUAAACAUUGUUUAACUAGUAGUUUUCAAAAUAUAUUUUCUUUAAAACUUCAGGUAGAGAUUUUUGUAUUAUGUGUAUUCUUUGGGAUCACCACUACUGUGUCAAAAGGACUAAAUUUAGAAAAUUUAAAUUGUUUGUACAAAUUAAUUUUGGUUGGUAUUAUUUAAAUGCAACUAUAUUAAUUUACAAAAUAUAAUUGUAGGCUGAAAGAAAUUAUGGCACGUUCUUUAAAAGAACAUAUUUUUUUGUAUUAAUUAAGAGGAGCACAUUGUGUUUGAAUAUUUUUUGGAAUAAAUUUCAUUGAAAUGCAGUGUGUGACCCAUA